GAGAGGCCAAUUUCCAAUGGUCCUUUACUGUUAUAUCACUUUAGAGAGAGAGAUAUCAAUGUUAGAGAAAGAGAGAAAAGGAGAACGAUCCUAGAGAGAGAAGGGGGCCAUGGCCAUCAAGAACGAGAGAAUGGUCAUUGACAUAUUGUCAUCUGAUGAAGAUAUAACACCAUUGAAACCUAAAAUCAGACUUUCAGGCAAUGAAAACAACAUCUUGGAAGUAAAAGUGGGGAGAGAGAGAAAUAAAGUCAUGGAUGAUGACUGUUGCAUACUUGAUUUUUAUGCUCAAUCCAUUGGAUUCAAUGCCAAAAUUGAUUUUAAAGUUGCAGAGGAUUUGAUUGUGGUGGGCGAAAAGGGUCCGGUGGCAUGCAGAGACUAUCCUCAUCCAAGGCAUCUCUGUGCCAAAUUUCCCUUCAACAAAACUCCACAUUCCCUCCAUUGCCCACAGUGCCACUGCUAUGUUUGUGACAAGCCAGCUCCAUGUGUGGCCUGGACUGCUUGGAAAAAUUCUCAUUGUGAUGCUUCAGACACUGACAAAUGGUGGAUAUCAAGGAGAAAUGCAUUGAAAAAGAUCUCCCGAUAAUUAAACUCCACCUAUGUUCGCUCUUUUCUCGCCAGUUCGGUAGGUCGGUGGCUGUAACAUAUUGCCUGGUCAUUGUGGGUCAUCGCCAAAAAAUGAAAUUCUUGUCACUUUUUGCUCUUUUCGGCUGGAUUCCAGUAGGUUGAUGGCAGAAAGAUUUUGCUUGCUCAUGUUGGGGUCUUGCAAAACAUGCAGAAGAAGAUAUAUUUUAUUCUUCACUACUUGCCGUGAAGUUUCUUCCUUCUCAAUGAUGCAAAUUGGAAAAAGCUUGUCUUGUUGAUUUCUUUUAUGUUUCUUGGAUUGUAGCUCAAUCUGGGCCAUUGAUUUUCGGUUAUGUGUAUACUGAUCAAACAAAGUUUUGAUUUCUUUUGUAUUUGUUGGAGUGUAACUCAGCUCGGCAUCUUUGAUUUUUUGUUAUA